UACCGAGUGGCGGAAGGAGGCUCGAGCACAACUGCCUCUCGGCUCUCGAGAUACUUCACGAACGGUUUUGUGUUCAGUCUGUACCAAGCUGGGCUACCCUAACCUAGUGAUAAUCGCUGCUCAGCAUCACGGCGUAGAUAUCGUGUCAAUUGAAUACAUAAACAAACAAUUUGUGAGACAAACAUGGCUGAGUGAUGCAACAGGAGUGAUUUCAGGAAGAGAAUAAUGACGAUUAAUUAAACUUAUCAGUGAUAGUGUUAUGAGCUUUGUUCACCCACGCGGCAUUUGUUGUUCCCGGCGCACUGCUGGGGUGCAGUGAUUAUUGUGAGGUGCCUGACCUUGUAAACGACCCUGCGACUGCGCCGAUGUGGUAGGGAAAAACUGUCGAGCUUUGAGUUGUGUUUACAAUCGUGGAUCAUCGAUUCGAGGAACUUCGCACGCUGGAUCAUGUGUUUUUCAGUUUCUUCUAACGUGAAUGUGGCCGAAGGCGAGUCUUAAGUCAUCACUGAAGGAGCCCUAAAGUGAGACCCACCAUGAUUUGGCUGCCUGUCAUUCUGAUCUUGAAAGUGCUGGCACUGACAGCGGCCACCAGGGACUUUCGUCACAUCUCCUACGAAGAUUUAGCAGAGAGAAGCAGUCUGUUCCAUGACGAGGGCGUGACGACGUACUCCCAACUUCUCUUCGACGUCGCCAGACAGCAGGUCGUCGUGGGUGCAAGAGAUAAUUUAUAUCGUCUGACAUUGAACCUGUUGACUCCUCUGGAGCACGCGACAUGGCCAGCACCCCCCGAAAAAGCCUCCAUAUGCCAGGACAAAGGUCAGACCGCCCAGGACUGCCACAACUACAUAAAAGUCCUUCUCAGCAAUGGAAAGAGCCUCUUCACCUGUGGUACCAAUGCCUUCAGCCCGCAGUGCACCUGGCGUGAGAUCGAAAACAUUAAGAAUGUGACGAGCUCCGAUACCGGGAUUGCCAUAUGCCCGUAUUCACCCCACGCCAAUGUGACAGCUCUACUUGCUAGGGGUAAUGCUGGACUCUUCGCUGGGGCUCCUACCGAUUUUUCUGGAGCUGAUGCCGCUAUUUAUAGGACACUGGCAUCACCCAUUUUAAGAACACCUCAAUAUGAGUCGAGGUGGCUGAAUGACCCUCAGUUUGUCGGCAGUUUUGAAACAGACGAUCACGUUUAUUUUCUCUUUCGUGAGGUAGCUGUGGAGUACAUAAAUUGCGGCAAGAAAAUUUACUCUCGAAUCGCACGAGUCUGUAAAAAAGAUCCAGGUUGGCAGACCGUCAUGAGAGACACAUGGACAACCUUCAGCAAGGCACGUUUAAACUGUUCACUUCCUGGUGAAUUCCCGUUCUACUACGAUGAGAUACAAGGAGCAGCUUAUAACGCCGAGGAGGGGAUCGUGUACGCCACCUUCACAACACCCAGCAAUGCCAUCGCAGGCUCGGCCAUUUGUGCAUUCAACAUGACAGCAAUAGCAUCGUCAUUUAAUGGCCCAUUCAAGCAUCAAGAGCACUCCGGUGCUGCAUGGGAAAAAAAACGAGUGACAAAUCAUUACCGCCAACACUGCGGCUCUGUAGUCAAUGUCCCGUCCCAUCAAAUAAUGGAUAAUCAACGAUAUCAGUUGAUGGAUGAUGCUGUCCAGGGUGUGACAGUGCCACCGCUUUACACAACGACAAUGGAGAGAUUUACGCGCAUCGCUGUUGAUGUUGUACCAACGAAACUUCAUAGAAGUGUGACAAUGCUGUAUGUUGCCACUACCGAGGGCCUCAUCAAGAAGAUUUCUAUUCUACCAAGAACCCAUGAUGCUUGUAUCGUGGAGGUAUGGGGACCACUGCCUUCUCCAGCCAUUACCCUGCAAUUUCUGAAGGACUCGCAGAGUCUGUAUGUUGGAAUGGAAACUGGUCUGCUGAGAAUCCCCGCAUCUCAAUGCCAUCGACACAAGCAUCGUUCAACCUGUCUAAACGCUCAAGAGCCUUACUGCGGUUGGAACGAGCACCUGAUGAAGUGUGAUGUAGCCCCAAUGGAAAAUCACCUUGUGAACCAUUGGCAGCAAGAAGUGACUCGGUGUCCAGUGCUUACCGACCCAGUGGAUGGUGGCUGGAGUGCCUGGGGCACCUGGACCCCCUGCCUCCACAAUCCCUCUGCCUCUCCUCAUACCCGCUCUCACCUGCGUCUCAACCUCGACCCCUCAGACCCUCCUUCGGACACCUGUCAGUGUCAGACUCGCGAAUGCAAUAAUCCCCCACCUCAGAACGGCGGUGCCAUCUGCACAGGUCCAAAAAUCAAAGUCUCCAAUUGCACAGUUCACGGAGGCUGGACUGCCUGGUCAGCCUGGUCCGCCUGCUCCCAGACCUGUGGCUUAGCCAUCAAAACGAGAACAAGAACGUGUACCAAUCCUGCGCCAGCAUUCGGCGGUCGAGUCUGCGUAGGUCACGAUCACGAUGAGAUCGUCUGUAUUGAAAUGCCACCGUGUCCGACCCCAGCGAAGACCCAUCCACCCCAGCACGGUCAGUGGUCUUCCUGGGGAGCCUGGGACACCUGCUCUAAGCCCUGCAAUGGUGGCACGCGGAUGCGAAGUCGAACCUGCGACAAACCGAGCCCUAGGGAAGGAGGAUCCGAGUGUCCUGGCUGCAGUUUUCAGAUCGAAGACUGCAACACUCACGUUUGUGCAGAAACCAAAAGAUACUCCAGCUGGACUCCAUGGUUGCCGAGCAAUAUUACUGGCCUCCAGAAUGGGGGAUAUGUGGAAAAACGAUUCAGAUUCAGCUGUAAAGCUCAAACGGACGACCCCAGCAGUGUCAGAUCGCAAUUGGCCAAGGAGGAGGAGAGGUUCUGCCGAGAUGACGGCUCUUGCUCUCGAGUGAAUAUCAAUGUUCACAAUGUUGCGGAGGUCGAGGGUACGUGGUCGGACUGGUCUCCAUGGUAUCCCUGCACAAAGAAUUGUGGUGGUGGGAAACAGCACAGGGUCAGGCAGUGCGAGACGCCACCUUGCGAGGGCUCCGGUAUGCAGAGUAGAGCAUGCAAUGUUCACGCUUGCAGAGAGGAUACAGAGGGUGAAUGGUCCUGCUGGACUGAUUGGUCUGAGUGUUCUGUGUCCUGUGGAAUUGGGGUGAGAAGCAGAUCCAGGGAGUGUUUGAGAGGGACUUGCGAGGGACCCAGUUUCUCCAGGGAGAGCUGUGAGAUGCCUAGUUGCGAAUCGUUGAGGGGAUGGGACGCCUGGAGCAAGUGGAGUAACUGUGACAGUGGAGGACAGCAGAGUAGGAGGAGGGUUUGUGUGGACUCUCGUAGUGGUGGGUGUGCGGGGACCAGCAGGGAGUCCAGAGACUGUUAUGAGGAUUGGGGAUCUGGGGAAAUUACGUCUAAUGCACUGCCCAGGAGUGUUAUGCCUGCGGGAGUGCCUGUCGGUGCUGUUAUUGGCGGUUGUAUUGGUGGUUUUCUGGUGGGAGUGGGGCUCGCUGUUGGGGCUGGAUUCGUUUACAUGAAGAAAAGGAAAGUCAGGGUACCCGGUAGCCCUCACUACAUAAGCAAACAAAAUCCCUAUGUUGCUGUGCCGCUCAAAGAGUGCUGCUUCCAGGUGAACGCGAAGAGAGCCCCGAGUUUCUCAGGAUCUAGAGAUAUAAAUGGAACCCUGAGGACCAAACCCAACCCCAAUGUCAAUGGCCUCGGAAGCCCGAAAUUGUACCCAAAAGCCCUGGAUUACGACUCAGCGACCCUCAAACGCAAUAGCCAUGGACAACAGCACAUUCGUGCGGAUUUGGAUCAAGAAAAGUAUUACUGAACUAAGAAUUUUUUCAAUCAUCAAACGACUGAUACUUAACUAGGAUAAACGAGAGGGUCAAGCGACAUUGACCAGUGUAAAAUGAAAUUCAAUCGUAGCUACAAUUAAUUUUACGAGAGACUGAGAAUUGUCGAUGAAUUGUUGAUGCUAACGAGUGAUCCCGUGGCCUUGUUAUUUUAUUUUUUAUUAUGGUAGAUAUUUGUUUGUACCGAUGAUGUAAGUUGCUCAAUGGUAGAACUCUUAACUUCGCAAUUUAAUGGUCUCAACGAAGAGAAAUUAUAUUUUAUAUAAUUAAAAUUCACGAAUUCUCCCGUUGACAGAAAACGCGACAUAAGAAAAUUGGAUGUAAAGUGCGUGAACAAGUCUUCGUAAAAAUGGAAAAAGAACGUUGAUUAAUGUUUAUCCAAGAAAAAAAAAUUGUCUGUAACAUUGCGAAGGCGCGACAGAGUUCAAAGACAGUUGUCUUUAUUCUUUAUCAUGAAUUUGAGAGUUUAUUUUUUAUUUUAAAUAUAAAUGAGUGAGAAUCGACUAAUCAUGCAGCUUGGUUGGGCAUUUUGAGUGUCACUUGUAUAAAGCUUUAGGCACUUAUAAAUAUCCAAUUAACAUUUUAUGUUUUUGAGAGCAUUCACUUCGCUGAAAAGCUCAUGAUGACAAUGCCAACCCCCAAAAACUGUAAAUAAUACCAUCAAAUUCUAGAAAAUAACGAGAUAAAUGUAUUUUUUUGAGAUUAUUUUAAUUAACAUUAAUCGAAAUGUGACGUAGUGCCAUGAUGCAUAUGUACAUAGAAAUACGUAAAAAACAAAUUUAUGUAUGAUUAAGGGAUAGCUUUUCAGCAUAACUACAUCAGAAAAUUGUAUUGAAUGUUGCAUGCAUUCUGUUUAUCCCAGUGUGACUCACAUUGAGUCAAAAUACUUUAUACAAAGUAAUUUUUACAAUUUCAGAACAAUCAAUUGAAUUUACCGAAUGCAUUUUACUUUGCCUAUUCACAUAAUUAUUUUGCAUAUAAAACAAUCCGCUCCAACAAUUUUUUAAUCAAUUUUCAAUCUAAAUAUUGUUAUCGCGUUUCAUACUAUUAGUUUCUGUUUUAAAUACGUUUUUUAUUUACCAGUGAAAUUACUUACUGAGAAUAUUAAUCCAUGUACAAAGUUAGAGUGACCUGAGGAGAUAAUAAACUGCAUUUACAAUA